UCAUGCAUCUCAUGUCACAUGGGCUGGCUUGCUCCACAUGUGUCAUUAAUUGUCAAGAAUGCUGCUCGGAGUUAGCUGAUGGAGAGAUAGGCAGUGCAAAGGGACAGGAUUGGAGACAGCCCAGCGUUUCCUCUUCAAAGAUAUCAAGAUGACUGAGAAGGACACACAGCCACAGCUGGAGGAGGGAGACGAUGACCUGGACAGCAAGCUCAAUUACAAGCCACCCCCACAGAAGUCCCUGAAGGAGCUGCAGGAGAUGGAUAAAGAUGACGAGAGUCUAGCCAAAUACAAGAAAACACUGCUGGGAGAUGGUCCCGUGAUAGCAGACCCAACGGUUCCCAAUGUGACUGUUACCCGGCUUAGCCUUAUUUGUGACAGUGCACCAGGACCAAUCACCAUGGACCUUACUGGCGACCUCGAAGCCCUCAAAAAAGAAGUAUUUGUGCUAAAGGAAGGUGUGGAAUAUAGGGUCAAAAUUAACUUCAAAGUGAACAGGGAUAUUGUGUCCGGCCUGAAGUAUGUUCAGCACACAUACCGGACUGGGAUGAAAGUGGAUAAAGCUACAUUCAUGGUUGGCAGCUACGGGCCUCGGAAAGAGGAGUACGAAUUCCUCACUCCACCAGAAGAGUCUCCCAAGGGAGUGUGGGCCCGAGGCAGUUACCACAACAAGUCCGUCUUCACUGAUGAUGACAAGCAGGACCACCUCACCUGGGAUUGGAACCUGGCCAUUAAGAAGGAUUGGACAGAGUGAAUGCGUCUGUCCAUCCCUCCCACCCCACCACCUUCCCCACAGGAAGACUCCUCCCAGCCAUGUUGAUCACGUUCUCCCUCCUCCCUCCCUGCUCAUUGCUGGGUCCAUCCCCCUCC